AUGGCGCUGCGGGGUGGCGGUGGCGCGGGGGUCGCGCGGAGCGGGGGCGGGGACACGCAGCGGGCGCUGGACGAGUUCGAGCAGCUGGCGGGGCUCCGGGGUCGCGCCGCGUACGUGCUGGAGCACCUCGCCACAUUCACCGUGACCCGGGAGACCGGCAUCGUGUACCCAGCCGAUGGGAUGCGCCGGCUGCUUCAACUGGAGAAAACCAAUGGAAUAUGGAGUCAGAAGAUGCAACUAUGCUUAGAGGACCAGUGGGUGCUGGUCAUGGACUAUGAAACAGGGUCGAUCAUGGAGCGGUUCCCAGCUUCUUACGUGCACUCGCCGACCGCGUUUACAUCGCCGGAGCCUGGCGAGCUGUACAACAACGUGCUGGCCUUCGUGGUGGGUGCCCCGGAUGCGCGCCGCGAGCUCCACAUCUUCCAGUGCCACGACGUCAGCGCGCAGACCCUCGUCGAAGAGCUCAACGCGCUCAAGGGAGUCGGCGGCGGUGCAUCAGCGGAGGGCGGCCGCGACUUCAUCAUCGAGCGGGAACGGGAGAGAGAGAGAGAAAGUGAGAUGGAACGACCCCGGCGACAGCAAAUAUCAGCGCAACUGGGUCGCAGCGAGAGAGCUGGCUCCGGCGGAGACAGAGACGACGCGUCCUCGACCGGUUCCGAACGGCUGUACGAGCAGGACAUCGCGAUCCUUAACCGGUGCUUCGAUGACAUAGAGAAGUUCAUCGCGCGGCUGCAACACGCGGCGGCCGCGGCGAGGGAGCUCGAACGACGGCGGCGCUCCCGCGGCGCGAAGCGUGCGGGAGAUGGGAUGCUGGCGCUUCGUACCAGGCCGCCACCGGAGCGGGACUUCGUGGACGUGCUACAGAAAUUCAAGCUGUCGUUCAACUUACUGGCUCGUCUGCGCGCGCAUAUUCACGACCCGAAUGCGCCAGAAUUGGUGCACUUUUUAUUCACGCCGCUGGCGCUAAUCGUGGAUGCUGCACAGGAUGUAGCGGAUGGGAGACUGCCAGCGCGCGUGGUUCAGCCUCUGCUAACGCGGGAUGCGCUCAACCUGCUCGCCAACUGCGUCACCAGCAAGGAGACCGAGCUCUGGCACUCGCUCGGCGACGCCUGGCUCAUACCCAGAGAGCAAUGGAAAACGGCCAUCCCGCCUUACCAGCCGGUGUUUAUGGACGGCUGGUCGCCGGAUUACCAGGUGGAUGAUCAGCCCUUGCGCAGGACGUCACCACGGCGGGAGUCAUCGCGGGGUGAGGUGCGAAGCGAGGUGCGAGCGGAAAUGCGGGGGGAGGUGCGGGGUGAGGUUCGGGGAGAGGUGCGAGAGGAGGUGGGAGAGGUGGGUGCAGAGCGGAACGACGGGUACGCCUACGAUCGCGACGAACCAGAUCUCUACACGGACCAGUACCCUCCAUACCCCAGGAAUACGAGAUCGACAGCCCGGGAAGACUCCGGUUCUGCAGCCUCCUCACCAGAACGGGAACCGCCUUACCGUGGUCCAGAUCGAGAUGAUGACGAGCUGGGCGAGGCGUGGGCGCGCGGAGUGGCGGCGCGCGGGGGGCGCGUGGUGCGCGUCACGUACCCGCGCACCGCCAACAACGACAAGGAGCUGUCUGUCGUGCGCGGGGAGUACCUCGAGGUACUGGAUGACUCGCGAAAGUGGUGGAAGGCGCGCAACCGGCGCGGCGUGACGGCGCACGUGCCGCACACCAUCGUGGCACCGGCCUUCUCGCCACCCGCCUCGCCGCACCUCUACCCCAACCCCAUCUACCAAUACCAUCACCAUCAGGAGGGCGGGGGGCGCGGUUCAGGUGGCAGCAGUCCGACGGGCGGCGCUGGUAGGGCCGCGGGGCUGGCGGGGGGCGGCGCGGCGCUUGGGAGCGCGGGGGGAGCGGGGGCGCCCGCCGCCGCUGACUGGGUGCGCCGCGAGCGCCUCGGCAAAAAGGGCGAGUUCCGAUACUUCUAA